GUAAAAACAAACAUUUUCUGGCGCUGAGUCAACGGAAAAGCCGGUAGGGUGGUAUGUUUAUGUGACUAGUUGUACAAACUUAGACAGCUAAUUUAAAGAAAAUGUUUUACUACAUAACGAACCUGUUUUGACAAGUGUAAUAGCUGUCUUAUAGCCAUGUAGCUAGCUAGCUACAAAUCGAGUUACUGUUGUGGACGAAGAGGUUCUGGUUUCAGUAACUUGCCUUAAAACCCUCUGGCUAAACUCAUUGACAACUUGGUUAGCUAGCUAGUUAGUCAAAGAAAAGUAGGUUUCCACAACCGAUAAUUCGAGAGUGGAGCCACAUCAUGGCAUACUGCGACAAGACCGGUGAUCAUCCCUUAGCUUGUCUAAACAAUAAGGACAGUCGUAAUGGACAUGACCCGGCGACAGAUAAGCAGCCGACUCCACACUCCAAAGGAAAUGAGAAUGAUUACUGUGCCACUGAAGAAGCCCUGACAGUGUCUGUCCCUAAAGGGUUGUAUCUAAAGAAGAAAAAGCUUGUCCUUCACGUUGACCUCAAUAACACCAUCUUGGUGUCUGAUGCCGUGACAAGUCAAGGAACUAUUGCAGCUUUGGAUUACUUUAUUUCCACUGUGACAUGGGGACAAAUGAGUAAACAAGGUAAGACCAGGUUGCAAUAUAAGUGACAAGCCUCUUAGGGGCCAGGCGACCUCAGUCUAAAAAGCCACUUAGUUCCUACAUGUAGCCAGUUUUAUUUGAAGUAGUGGUCUAUUCUAUAAAAAUGAAAAUUAUCCUAAAUAUUUCUUAAGGAGCAGAUGCCCCACUUACUAUGUAGUGGCACACCUCUAUCCUUUUUCUAUAAAUGACAUGACAAUUCAAUAAGUGGAAUCACUACUGUGCCUACCUGCCAUGGUGAUGUCAUUGCUGUGUGCAAUUGCUUAACAUCUGCUUCUUUAUGUGCUCUGUAGGUAAAUGGAUGUGGAUGAGUGACUCACCUUCCCUACUCCCACCAUGUGAGGGCGCUGUCAGCUACUACUCGCAGUUUGGCCGGGUGGCAGGCUUCACCAGCUCCACUGCAGGUCGUCGGUUCCGGGGCGUGCUGGACGAGCACUUGGCGAUGCUGCGAUGGCCAGAGGAGCUGAAGGGGGACAAGGAGCUGGCUGUGAAGGGGGAGGACGGACAGCUGUACCACUGGAUCUUGCCCUCUUUCUUCCAGCUAUUGAAAGACCUGGUGGCAGAGGGGAGGGACUUUGCUAUCCUGUUCCGCACCUUUGGCUCAGACCUUCCCCGCGUGCUGUCUGCAGUGUCCCGUGCCCUCACUCAGGGCUCCCACCCACUCUUCCCUGACCUUCCAGCACUUAAGGUAAAUCAAAUCAAAUUGUAUUUGUCACAUGCGCCGAAUACGUGACCUUACCGUGAAAUGCUUACUUACAAGCCCUUAACCAACAAUGCAGUUUUAAGAAAAUAUUUACUAAAUAAGUAAAAUAAAUAAAAAUAAAUAAAUAAAAAUAAAAGUGAUGAGGCUAUAUACAGGGGGACAGGUACCGAGUCAAUGUGCGGGGGUACAGGUUAGUUGAGGUAAUUUGUACAUGUAGGUAGGGGUAAAGUGACUAUGCAUAGAUAAUAAACAGCGAGUAGCAGCAGUGUUAAAACAAAGGGGGUAUCAAUGCAAAUUGUCCAGGUGGCCAUUUGAUUAAUUGUUCAGCAGUCUUAUGGCUUACAUUUUAGACAUUUUAGUCAUUUAAUAGACGCUCUUAUCCAGAGCGACUUACAGUUAGUGAGUGCAUACAUUAUUAUUUUUUUCAUACUGGCCCCCGGUGGGAAUCGAACCCACAACCCUGGCGUUGCAAACGCCAUGCUCUACCAACUGAGCUACAUCCCUGCCGGCCAUUCCCUCCCCUACCCUGGACGACGCUGGGCCAAUUGUGCGCCGCCCCAUGGGUCUCCCGGUCACGGCCGGCUACGACAGAGCCUGGAUUCGAACCAGGAUCUCUAGUGGCACAGCUAGCACUGCGAUGCAGUGCCUUAGACCACUGCGCCACUCGGCGGUAGAAGUCUUUUGGACCUAAACUUGGUGCUCCGGUACCGCUUGCCGUGCGGUAGCAGAGAGAACAGUCUAUGACUUGGGUGACUGGAGUCUUUGACAAUUUUGAUGAGUGCUUUGGGUGGUGAUUGAGGGUGUGAUGCUGGAUGUGGUGUCAUUAGGACAGUUGCAAUAAUGAUUGUUGUCCUGGCAUUUUACCAAGCUCUUACUCACUGGCUACCAUAUUAAAUAGGCACAUUGCUCUUAUCAUAAUCACUACUGUUAGCUAACUUGCCAAUAGCCCAGUAAUUGCAAUCAUUACUCAUUGUAGGCUCUCUGUUGCAGCUUGUCAUUGAGAGAGUGACACUAUGUUACAGGUGGCUAUGCUACUGAGAGUGAGUUAUAGUCCUUUGAGAGAAGUGAUGUUCUUCCUCCUCUGCCUGAAUUAAGAGAUCAACCACACUUCACAAUUAUAGACCAAUUUUUCAGCUUGGGCCAAGUCUGUUUCUUCUGAAAGACUACAGUUAUUGUGUGUGUGUGUGUGUGUGUGCAUGCGUCUGGGCUUGUGUGUGUUUGUGAGGUUGUGGCAGUGGGAUAUAGGGGUCAAAAAUCUGUAAGCUUGUUCCCAGAAGAUUGAACAGUGCCCUGUUCAGAAGGUCAUUCACAGUGAGAUGUAGGGUUGGUGGUGCUACUCCCCUGGGUAUAGAGUGUGCCUGCAGGCUCUUCUCAGCCUCCUCACCCUGUUCUUGUACCUGUUCGUUUACUGGAGCAGAACACAUCGAUUUCUGCAGGGAGGAGGCUCAAAGGCUGCUACGGCACACACAGUUAGCUGCAAAAACAUAAAUAAACAUCCAGAUGAUGACUUAUUCAAACUGUCUCCUGUCAAGGGAUAUUUCUGUAAGAGUCUCGGCACAGAGUUUGAGGGUGAAAGAGGAUAAUUUGAUUUAGCAGGUUUGGAACUUGCAUGACCUGUAAGCAUAAUUGUUUCCUCUCAUUCUAAAAUGAUAGCUAUGCUGAAGUACAGAUGAUUUCCAUAAUUUCUGAUAGAUACCUGAUACCUGUACAUCUCUAAUAAACUGCCGAUCAGAGAGAGUAUAAGAGAUGUUAAAGCCAGCUGUGUUCUUUCUGCUCCCUCCCCAGCUGAGUGUGAAUGAGACACCAGGCCAGAUCCGCUGCAGUAAGAAGGGGGCGGUCCUGACCCGGGCAGAGGAGCGUCUGUCCACACGUGACGGGGAGCGAGCCCUGUACCAGUACCUCAGCUCUGUCCAAUGCCUGGGGGGCUUCCAGGACCAUUUUGACUGGUAGGUGGACCUUUUACAAAAGACUAACGUCUAGCCUAAUCACACCAAUGAAGGCACUCUAGUAUUGGAGGUGCCCUAGUUUUCUGGCAAGCUCAUAAAUCCAUCUUUGAAUAGGUAAUUUAGCCCAAGUUUUAUUUGUAAUGUAGAAGUUCUUUCUGCAUUGACCUCAAUGAAAGUUUCAGUCUCGUUGAUGUAGUCAGGACAAUGGUCUCUAUCUGUAGGUGGGCCAGGAACACCUACUCCAUCCUGGGAGGGAAACCUCUGUGGGUGGACCCCUUCGACCAGGAUGUCCAGCACAUCUUCAUCGAUGACAACAUUCGACAGAAUGACAAAGACACCAUCGUCCAUCCAAAGGUAUGUUUUUGCCUCGGUUAAUGUGCUUUUGGAUGGUUUGUGCAUACUCAUAUGGAAGUGGAUGUUUCCCCUUGCAGAUAAGUUGUUUGCCUUAAAUAUCCUCAUGGUGUUUCUGUUCUUGUUCCAUGGUUCUGAAGGUGUUCCUGGACCGAGACAGCUCAGAGACACGCACAGCCUCCACCUCAGAGCUGUAUGACCUCUGUCUGGUCCAGAACGACCUGCUCAGGGCCAUCUCAGACCCAGAGUAUUUCACCCAGCGCAUCAGCAUCUGCCAGGAGAACUAUGACAGGAACCUCCAGCAGGGGGCAGGCUAG